UUUCAUGAUUGCUCGGAAUUAGUUUUCACAUUUUCACUUGCAUAAUUGUUGUUUUUGGAAAGUAAGUGGGCCUAUUUGAUGUGUGAAAUGUGAUAUUUGAUUGGUUAAGUGAGGUUGAGCUGUGGAAAAUCAUAAGAAGGAUAAAACACAAGCAUAUAUUGACUGUUGUUUAUGAGUGCACAUGUAAUUUUGGAGUUUUAAAUAUUGUGAAUACUAAAUCCUGAUUAAUGUAAUGUAAGAGUGGUUUCAAUUGUGUGGGCAUUUCUCUGAUCUAUGUGUGCCUUUUGUUAGUGGAUAUCAAAGUGAUCUAUCCAAGAAAGAAUUAGAUUGGAUGCUGAUUUAGACUAGCACAGAUGUUGUAAUCCAUAUGUUCAUUGCGAGGAUAGUUUCUGUGAAAAGUACUCCUUUAAGUAUCCUUGCUGAAACUAAAUCUGGCUGUUAGUCCUGCUAUAGCAAAUUAGAUUUUUCUUUAUUAACCUAUGGCAUGUUCAUGUAAAUAAUAGGCUUUGGAAUAUCUAAUGAUGUGAACUCUAUACAAACUUUUGAAACUUUUCUGCCCGUUAUGGGCUUGGAUGUCAUUGAAUCUUUGUUUGUCCUGGUAAGGACUCUGCUUGUUGAACUUGAUCCUGCAAAAUCCUCAAAACGGGGAUGUUUUAUUGCUGCACAAAGCAAGACGACAGGGUUAAUGGUGCUUUUUAUGCCAGUGUUCUGCUUUUAAGCGUCUUGGGAUUGGCAGCCUAAGUAGACCACUGAAAUGGAUACUGAUAUGGACAGGGAAACAAAUGUCUCUGUUGUUGUCAAUGUUGGUGAUCCGGAGGCUGAAUUGAAUGGAGUUGACUUAUUUGAAGGGAUGUCAUCUAAUGGUGAGGUGGUCGGUGACCUAGGAAGUGCCAGCGAGGUUAUAAGCAGAGUGGAAUUAGAUAUAGCUUGUUAUUCAGAGAAAUUAGUGAACUUAGAUAUACUUAUGAUGUAUGUGGCAACCAGAGAAAAUGAAUUUGAAGCAUUUGCUUCAGACAGAGAGCAUAUUCUGGCUGAUUCCCCUGAGAAGGCUCUGGAAUUUGAUUUCUUAUCUGGAAUACUAGAUUCAGAGGUUAGAGAACUUGAAAAUUUCAUGAAUGCUCUUGAAGUAGAUAUUAUCAAUGCCCGUGAGCUCAUAUCUUCAUUUAGGCACUUGGGAAGAACUUCCAUGAAAAUGGAAGAGAAGUUAUUAGAUUCUGAAAAUUCAUUGAAGCAAUCACGGGAACAGAUAUUCGAAAUUAAAAAGCAAUCUGCCCAGUUUCAUAGGACCUUGUCAUAUCUUGAUGAAGAAGGAAAUUGGAAUGGUGGCAAGGGUACAAACUUUUCAAAAGGUAAUCAAGUGCUGAAUGCAAAUGCAAAAAUAAAAAUGCAAACUGCUGAACAACAAAGGCAUUUUUUGAGAAUGUUAGAAAAAUCUUUGGCAAGAGAGAUGGAUCUUGAAAAGAAGUUUGCUGAAUCAAGACAAAUUGAUGAGGAGCUGAAAUUGAGACUAAUCUCUUUGGCAAGAGAGAUGGAAGAAGAAGCUAUAAAUGCUUGUGAAAGGUUGUUUGAGGCAGAGAACAUUGCUGAGAUCCUGAAGGGAACUUCUAAAGAAUUACUUGGUCAACUCCAGCUUGUUCGGUUCAAUAUGAAUGGUUCAAUUCAACGAGAAACUGAGCUAAGGUCAAAACUUAAUAGUUCAAUGGAACAGUUGGAAGUAAAAGAGAAUGCCUUGCUGAAGCUAGAAAGCAGAAAUGCAAAACUCAAUGACUUGCUUCUAGUACAGACAGGCCGCUCAAAGGAAGCUGAAGAUAAAUUAAGUCUUGCCAAUUCUGAGAACUUCACUUUGAGGGAGAAGGUAGACUCACUUGAGAAGCAGCUAAAAGAAGGGCAGCAUAAGGUAGAUUCUCUUGAUCGGCAAAUGAGGGAAAGUGAUAUUCAGCUACAGCACGCUGUUGCAUCUGCUGAAGCUAGCCAGGAGAAGCAAAUUAUGCUGUAUUCUACAAUCAGAGAUAUGGAGAACUUAAUUGAGGAUCUGAAGUUGAAAGUUUCAAAAGCUGACAAUCGUGCUGAUAAUGCGGAGGACAAGUUAAUUGUAUUAUCUGAAACUAAUGCUGGGCUAACUGAGAAAUUAAGAUUUUUGAGGGAUAGACUUGAAUGUGUGGAGGCAUCUUUGCAUCAAGUUGAGGAAACCAAGUUGGCAACUGCUAAGGACAUUGCUAUACAAACAAAAGUAAUAACGGAUCUGUUAAUGCGACUGGCCAUAGAAAGAGAGCGCCUUCAUCAGCAGAUCUCUUCAUUAACAUUGGAGAAUAAAGCCAUGGCAGUGAAGUUGCAGCAGACUAACAAAGACCCUGGUAUUCUUAUGCAUGAUUCGACUAUUGCUUCUGUGACAGAAAGUAAGGAAGAAGUAACUGAGUUGUCAGCUGCCAUUUCCGAGCCUGAGAAUACUCAGAAAAAUGAAUCUAUUGAUAAGAUUGAAGUGGCACCAGUUGACUUGACAUCUGAGCAUGGAACUGUCAGGACAAUAGCUGCAGGAAUUCUUAACUACAAGCAUGUCUUCAUGGCAUUGUUUAUUGUGCUAGUUUCUGCAGCAGCUUAUUUCUUCAUAAAACAGAACUCCCAAUUUUGAUGGCGAUGCCAGUCCCAGAGUUUGUCAUGGCCUGGUUACGAGUAAAGAAAUUUAAAUGAAACAUUGUGUAAGCAUCAUUUUGAGGUUGAUCAACAACUAGUCGAUAAAAACAAAACAAAACAAAAUGGUAGGAGAGGAGAAAUAUAGUUGAUGAGAAAUUUUAAUCAGUUUCUUGCUACACAUAUCUGGCAUGGAAAUCUGCAUGAGAAUUGUUUUUGUAUUCUCAAUUGUCAUCUUUUGUGCAGCUCUGAAACUUUCGAUUACAAAUGUCUGCCGAAUCAGCUGGUACAAAGAGGCUAAAUUCAUGGUAGAGUUCUCAUUCCACAUGUUCAGGAAGAAACUUUUGACCCAAGUCAAUUGGGAAAACACCUCCAUUUACUGGAGCUGGUUUCAUUCAUGGAGAGGUCAUUACUGGGAAGUUGCUUGCUUGUAUUGUUUUGUCCUUGGCAAAAUGAAAGAAUUUGAGUUUUUGUUUCUCUGUAGUUGUCAGAGCUUCAUCUUUUUUAACUAUAACAAUGCAAUUACUAUGUGAUUUUACCACAAAUGGGCAAUGCAAAUUUUGGUGUAA